CCUCACAUUACCUCGCCUACGACCGCACCACAGUUUUCUCUUAAUCACUUAGAAUCUUUGCUCGGCAUUCCUAUCAGUACUGGCUACCAGCAUUGUGCCACAAUCGAUGACUAGGCUGGCAGUGUUGUGAAACACAAACACGAGCUUUCGUCCACUUCAGCCUCGGUUAGCAGCACUGGCCUAGUCAGCUUCUCAGAGUGGUGGACUGCUUUGAGAACGUACGGCAUCUUGGAUUCAUGAUCUAGCACCAAAAACUGCAGCUGUUGACUGCCGUUGCUGUCCCGUUGUUGUCCUGUUGGGCUUGGGCUUGGGCCAGGAAAACACAUGAUUGAUAUGGCAGAAGGAGCCGAUCGGAUGAGUCAGGUAUUUCCAGCCCGUCGAGAAGCAGACGAGUUUCGGCAAUCCAGUCAGUCCGGUUCAUUCUGGACUUCUUCGAGGUGCCGUCGACUUUUGCGCCCUCUUCAGUCACGGUUUGCUGCUCUGCGAAAACUUGCCCUGGCUGAGAUGGCCGGUCCAGUACAGGAUGCGUGUGAGAAUGAUGGCCUUGACCCGGCGCCCCAUCACUGGCCAACUAAGAGAACAAAUACACAAGACGACAAAGACGACUCCGAGGGCCAGCGAAAACGCCCUAGGCGAACGUAUUCCAGGAGAACGCCCGCUGGCACGUCCACAGACAAACCUCGUCCAAAGUCAAAAGUCCCUCUUCGCAUCCAGAGCCGCCCCCGAAUGUCUAGUAUUUCGACUCCGGGCGUGCCCAAUGUGUCAACUCCGAUUUUACGCAAGGUCAGACAUGAUACAAUGACGGCAAUACCGUCCAAUCUGACACUCUGCGAGAAAACCGCAGGCUUCUGCAUGCUUCCGAGAGUAGGCAAACGCGGUCCUCUGGAAUCGUCGCUGAAUGAACUGGGACGCUUAAGGCAUUCUUUCCGACCAUCUAGAUACCAGCUAUAUGAGGGCAUCAUUCACGAUCUGUAUGUUUUGUUGCGCUCAACCACACCAAAACACGACACAGUCGGCAAGAAGUCCCUCCUGGCAAUGUGUCUACAGAAAGUGCCCCGGUGUGCGGCAGAGAUUGAUGCUUGGGAAGUUUCCAAAGCAGCGAAUCACGGGCCGGUAUCCUCGAUCAAAAAGAUGAGCUAUUCACUUCGAGUAUACGACGAAUUGGAGACCCUGGGCGGUUCUGGCAACGGCUGGAGUCAUCUUCGCAUAGUUCUGAGGGCACAUGUCAUUUACCUACUCAGAGAGAUUAUCACAGAAGGCCUCCUCGACAUCAACUUUAUCCACCUCAUCAUCGAACAUUGCAGGGCUAUGGACUGCCCAGGCGAGACAGCCGAACUUACUAUGGCUCUGUUUUGUUGCUCUUGUCACGGGCCAUCAGGGGAUGUAAAUACGCUGCCCAAUGGCGAGAUCGGAGGCCGUUUACUAGCCUCCCUGCCGAGCUUUGCAGACAAACUGGUUGUCGAAUCUCACUUGCUGGAUACCUUUGCUUCAUUGUUGCUCAGCGGUCAGCUUCCAAUUGACACAGUCUCGACGAAAGCUUUUAGCUACUUGUGGUCCACGACAACUUCUGCGAUACUCGAGCAGAAAGCACAUUCGUCUGCGACUCGGUUUGCGUCCGCGGGACUUGCAGCUCUAUGUGUUAACGCAUUUCCAAAACGAAGGGGCCGCAUGUCAGAAACCAGCACCACGAAACACAACGCCGCGAAGUUGACGCUGAUGAGCGUUCUGGGUGCUCUGUCAGCCAUGGCUAUGAUUUCGCAAGAUUUUGGGAACACCACGAACACCAGAGAAAUCAGACAGCGGACCCGAACGCAGAAAGUGGUGCUGCACAUAUUCUACCUGGCGCUGGGAGUGGUCAGAGGCCAGCGCGCAAGGAGCGAGGCUGCUUAUCCUCUUUUGCUGGCAAUCUUCUUGUCGGUGCUCGCUGGUCCAGCUCACGACGGCGCGACGCAGCUCAAUAUCGCUGUCGAAAACCUUGGGCAUGGUCUUGGCGAGAGAAGAACGUCUUGCACAGGCGGGAACACCUGCCAGCUCCUCGACGUCACCGUUGCUCUCACCUGCUCGAUUGCUCACUGCUGCGGCAGAGCAACAGCUCAACAGUCAAACCAAUACUUCGCCGAAAUUUGCAAGCUCGUGGACCGACUUGGAGUUCCUUGCUUUGUAACGUUGCGAGCUGACGGUGCCUUCUUCCUUGCCCAGAAGACCGAUGAUUUGCGAGACCUUGUGUUCGCAGAGACAUCGACAGGAGCCUUGGCUGGAAAGGGUCGUGCUGUCACAGCAUACGAAGGCUCAAGCAAAACCUGUUUCGCAGGCUUCCAAUGGGAAGAAGGCAUCAGCGAAUGGAUUGCGGUCAGUCCGGCAGCAAGACGACGAAGCAUCUUCACACGAGAGGAGGUUGCGGCGCCUCGCCGUAGUGCUAGGCAUAGCCAUGGCGACACGGACGUCCAGCUAAACCGAUUCGGAUUGGAAACGACAACGGGAGCUACCGACAAAGGCGGACCUUUCGUGACGGUAGCACCGACGGCAAGCGAUCCGGAUAACAACCAGGUGGACCAGCGACUAGCAUGGAGAAGGCAGAGACUACACAAAGAAUAUCACGAUAGCUCCGGAGACGCGCGUGCAGUCAUGGAUGGCAUCGACGAGCUUAGCAUGUGCCAGGAGAACCGGCCACGAGUUCUGGGCAAGUCCCGAUUGGGAAGGCAGCCCAUUGGAACCGGACAACGGAACCAGUGCCGGCGGAUUGCCCGAAGCGUUGAGACAGGGCCCCGCGAGGCUCUGGGUGGGCUUUGUACGAAUAGUAGAAGCACCCUGACUGGCCAUGGCGACGAAGACGAGCUGGGAUUAUAGUCGGGUUUGCAACAGGUAGAUGAAUGGUUCAUUUCGGUCUGGCGAGUAUUCCAACGAGCUGUCGUGAGUCAAGCAGGGCUUACAACAUCUAUCAGUUUGUGUGUUUCAGCUCCUUGUCGGCUAGUGGAGCGGCGACUGGGAACUGGGAACUGGGAACAUGCCGUUAGGGUUGAUAUAGAUGUGGAUCUCACUACGGAGAUGCUAGUUUCUCCGUUCUUCUCCCCAGUCCCAUCGUCUGGCUUUGGCUUUGCUUAUCCUACAGCCUAUAUGGCGGGGUAAGACAUUGAUUGCUUUCGAAGCCUAGGAGUGAAUGGAGGGUCCGUUUUCUUAGUCUACAACAGCCAACGGGCGGGAACGACUCUGGUCACGUCCUUGCCUUUUUAAAUUGUUGCGUUUUGCGAUCAGACAGGCAAUGGUGAGGGGAGUUGUUCAGACGAAGUAGACUUGAUGCAUUUCCCGUCACGGCGACAUGUCUUUUCCAAGACACUGGAACGACAGUCAUGACACAUCGGCGAAGGAACGGGUCGCGUUGUAAUACGCCGAUUGGAGCCGCAAGCAGAAACUCGACACCGAGCCAUCAUCUACUCAAUAAACACUCU